AGUUUCGUGAGUCGGUGCAGGAAGUGUGCGCUCUGAAUUUGCGAAUUCUGGUGUUUUGAUUGGGAUUUGGGUGAUAUCCAGUCCACGGAACAGCCCACGGAGUCAAUUGGGGGCCGAGGAGUGUGGUCAGUGCGUGGUGCAGUGAUUGAACUUGCGUAGCGUCCUUGCGGAAAAUUCCUAAACACCCCCUGCGGUGGCGACGGUGAAAAUUCCAUCAGCCAUGAAGUGUUUGUGGGUAUCCGUGGCAAUUUGUCUUGUGCUCGCUGUGGCGGUCAGCGCCAAGAAGAAAAACAAAUACGACGGAGAUUUCGAGUUUGUCGAUGAGGACGACAAAUCAUCGCUACAGAAACCGACGCCGGAGAAGAAGAAGUGGAUACACGAUCCAUCGAGUGACUUAUGUCGACCACUUAAUUGCAAGAAGAAGGAGCUCUGCCUCCUCGAGGACGCAUACACGGCGGUUUGUGUCUCCAAGAAGGAGCUCCAUCGAAACAGGGAUGAGAUAAUUACCAAGGCAAAAUUGUCUGGUGAUGAUGAUACCAAAAGAAAAUUGGACCUAGAUAUGGACGAGUUGCAGGAUCAGGACGAUCCGGAAGAGGACAGCUCGCAGGAUGAUGACGUGUUUUACGACACAACAACCGGAGAUCGCGAUGAAGAGAACUGCAAGCUCUGUCCAGUGACGAAGCCCACCUUCAUGUGUGGCUCCGACAACCGAACCUACUCCUCUCUGUGCCGGCUUGACUAUCACAACUGCAUUCACGCCACGGCCAUCAAAGUUGCGUGCAAGGGCUUCUGCCCAUGCCGUGAUACCAACGAUAUUAAGAAGCAGCAGCGACUCUUGGAUCGCCAGAAUGCUCUGAAUGCCAAGUAUAAGAUGACAGUGGAGGGAAAUGGUGAUGACAGCGACACUAAAAAGUACAAGGAGGAUAAGAAUCGACACUUCAAUCACAUCAAUUCUCAGUUUACCUUCACGCCGGAGGACAUAAAGUAUGACAACAAGCACUACAAGUAUCUUAAGUACAGUGCAUCAUCGUACAAGGGUGGCAAGGAAAAGGACUCGUACAAUCGAAUGGACGAGAAGCACAAAUAUCGCACAUACAACGAAGUCAUUGACAAGUCCGGAAGCAAAUUGUCGAAGAAUUCCAACAGCAUCCGCUACCCCUCGAAAUCCGGCGAAUGCAAGCCACAGCAAUUGACGGCGAUUGGAAAUCGACUGCUGGAUUGGUUCUCCGUGAUUAUGGCCGACAGCAAAAAGCGUCGUCAACAUUCGCAGAAGUCCAAGGCUCACUUCCCGCCGGCGUGCAAGACAGAGGCGAAGUGGAUGUUUGGCCACUUGGAUCUGAAUAACGACGGCCAGCUCACCACACAGGAAUUGUACGAUCUUGAGCACGACCAGAAUGAGCGCUGCAUUAAGCCCUUUAUCGACACUUGUGAUCUGGACCAGGACAGUGCCAUCAAUCCGCGCGAAUGGUGCAGAUGCUUUGAGAAGACGGACCGACCCUGUGCCGCCGUUCGACGACGAAUUGGCGGCGAUCUUCUAGGUGCUUAUGCUCCCGACUGCGACGUCCAAGGGUUCUACAAGCCCACCCAGUGCCACAACUCUGUGGGCGUGUGCUGGUGCGUGGACAAGCAUGGUGUCGAGUUUGCAAAUACCCGCACUCGAGGGAAGCCCAACUGCGAGGAUGUAAUUAAUAGUGCAGCUUCAUUAACUUCCGACGAUGAGGACGACGAGGAUGACGACGAUAGUUCUGAAGGAAGUGCAGACCGUCUUCUUGUGUUCUAAAUGAGAGGAUUUAGCGUGGACGACUCAUUUCCCCAAGCGUUCUUCUUGCAGAUGACAACACUCCAAGGAACACUCUCGAUAUACUUUCAAUAAUGGUAUUAGACAUUUAGCAUGUAAUGGAGAAUAAGAGAAGAAAUACCAAUUACUAAGUAGAAAAUGUGAGGGUGUGAUGAAAUGGAAUCAAUUUUGAAUUGCCUAAAGAAGAUGAUGAGCGUGGUUGUAUUUUGUAAUAUGUAAGCACUCAUUUCAUCAGAAUACACCAACUUUUAGUGAAUACAUAAAUCCAUACAAUAUAUCAUCGGUUUUCACAGCAAAAAUCAACAUCAAAUGAUUACUUAUUUCUUGGGAAAUUUGCUCGGUAGACGGAAGAAGCCUCUCUCAUCACUAUAAAAAUCCUAAGAGAUAAAAUGCCACAGUAUGAAGACGAUGUGGAAUUCCAUGCGACUUACGUGAAGACGCGGAAUCCCUUGGAGCGUGCCAAAUGACAGACAUUCACAAUCUUCCUCGAGAUUGUUGCUAUUUGUUGUUGCUUGCAGAAAAUUGCACAAUCCUCGCAGAGCAAACAGUAUAAAAAAAAAAACAAUUGCAGUCAAAGUGAGAGAAAGGGGGCGGUGAAAAAGACAGCGGAUCUCAGAUAAAGUAUCCCAAAAGCAAAAAAGUAGAGAAAUUUAUGAAAAUAUGACCAAUGACAAACUAAUUAUUUUAAACUAUGAACGAACGUGCAAUAAGAUUUUAUCAAAUUCAGUCAUCUUUAGAACGUUUUACAAGACACACCCUGUGUACUUCCUUUUUAAUCCUUCGCAUACUUCUUUUCCUUCAUCAUCAAACUCAUGUAAUAUCUGUAACUCUAUACUUACUCUUAAAUAGUGACUAUAAAGUAUUUAUCAUGAGAAAUCGUUCCCCUUUAGUAAUUGUUAGACGUGUCCGUUGUAAUAAUGUUUCUGCUAUUUAGUCAUUAAUAUGAGGGAUGUAAUGUUAAUCGUAUUAUAGGGAAGGAGGAAGGAAAAACAAUUUUGUCAAGGUAUUUUUUCUCCCCUAUGAAAUGUAUGAUAUUGGCAUUUUGUAAUGAGUAAUAAUUAAUUAAGGGUCCUGCAUUCAAUCUCACAGCGAGUGUGAGGCAGAAGAAGGCGAGUUCUUUUUAAGGACAACAAGUGACGAAUAAUAACAAUUUCUUCCACCAAACUUCAUGAGACAUUUUAUAAUAAAACGAAUAGCUAAUUAUUUUCCUAUUAAUUGACAUGAGUAAAAAAAAUUGAUCAUUUGCAUAAAUUACACGGGCCUAUAUUUAUAUAGACGGGAAGCAUAAUAAAUAUAGAGAAAAGGUAAAUUAUUCAUGAAAGAAAAUACAACAUGUUAAAAGUAGAGGAAUUUAAGUGAAGAGAAUGAGAAUAAAUUUAAACACACAAAUUUAAUGUUUAUAGACGAAGAAGAAAUGAAGCAAAAAUCUAUCAAUAUGCACUAUUUUGCGGCACUCUUACAUUGAAUCUGUCCACGAGUAAUCUUAUUUUGAAUAAGGAAACUUAUGAGGUAAAGUUUACACUUGUUUCAAGCGAACUCAUCAUCAGCCAUCCAUUGAAAGCUUAAUAUCAAGUAUAUUUACACAAUACCUUAUAAUCUCUUAUAUGAUAGUUUAAAAAUUAAACGUAUGAUAGACCAUAAGAAUAACUUAUAAUGAUAGAGAAAAAUUUUGAAAUGGGAGAAAAGCUAGUCGAGACGAACACUUGCAUAUGAUAAUAAUGGACUAACAUUAAAUUACCGACAGUGAAGCAGAAUCGAAAAUUCAUUUGCAGAAGUGAACAACACAUAAAGUAACUAAAGAAGAUAAAGAAAUUGAGUAACACUAGAGAAGCUUUAUCACUAAGGACAAUUUAUACUUGAAUUUUUGCAGAUGAUGUCACUGAAAUCAUUGCUCUUAUAACCAAUUCAGUUCUUCGCUCAUCCAACUCCAAUAAG